AUGGCCCAGGUGAAGGUAGCAGGAGACGCAGCGAGGAGCCACCAGGACUGUUCAGAGGUUUACUCUGAUAUGGCCACCGUCAGCUCCAGUGCAGAUAUAGGAGAGUCGGCGAGGAAGGGGUCAUUGUGUGAGACCUCCGUGGCUGUCGGCCUUGGCAGGAGGAGCAGGGCCUAUCCCUCGGCAGCCAGGAGACGCCACCGCACCUCCUUCAGCCACAAGCAGCUGGAACAGCUGGAAGUGGCCUUUGGACAAAACCAGUAUCCUGACAUCUACUACAGAGAGGAGCUGGCCCGUAUCACCAAGCUCAACGAGGCUCGCAUACAGGUUUGGUUUCAGAACAGAAGAGCCAAACAGCGGAAGCAGGAGCGGGCUUCGCAGAAAGUUCUCCCGGUGGGCGUGGUGCCGGGCCACAGGGCUCUGCUGGGGGGCGUGCACGUCCAGCCCUCCAGCAUGGCUCGACAGUACUACGCCCAGCCCCUGGCCCACAUCCCCCGCCUUUCCCCCAUGCUGAACACCGGGCCGUACUCCCGCCACCCGGGCCCGGUCAGCCAGUGCCCCUGCCCCAGCGUCCCACCACCUCCGGCCACCCAGCGGCAGCACGAAGACUGGUACAACCCGCUGAGGAGCAACCUCACCUCGCCCAUGUUCUCGCUGGCCGCCAUGCAGCCCCUGGACCAGGCCUCUCACUGGAGCUAA